GAGUUGAAUUGAAUAGUAUAUUUAAAUCCGCAAAAGACACUCCUAAUUUAUUAAAUUUGUUUUAAAGUAAAGCUUUCUAUAAAUCAAUCUUUAGAACAUAGCAAUGGGAGAUGAAAGUGUGUUGAAUGUUAAGUGCCGAAUUUUAGAUCUUAUUUCGGAGCUCGGUGACCAUGAGGUGCAAAAUAUAGAAGAGUGGAUAACGUCUCAAUCUUACCGAAAGGAUUUAGAACAGAAGAGGAACCUCCAAAGAUCAGAGAAACAAUUAAUAAAAAUUGCCAAUACGUUAAGGAAAAUAGUUCCUUUUGAGGCUGAAAUGACAACAGAGAAAAUUGAGCCACCAACUGUGGGUGAUCAAGCUGAUUGCACUAAGGAAAACACAUGCCAUGUGGAUGAGUUCCUUUAUGAUGACAAACAUGUUGAUGAACUUGUAAAAUCAGAGAAAUUAACUAGAUUUUACUGCUCCCAAUGCAACUCUAGGAAAACGAAGGAAUUAAUUUUUAUCUCACAUUCAAUGUCAAGACAAGCCUUACAAUAUAUAUUUACGGUACUCUUACCAAAGGACCUGGAAGACAAGAAAAUUUUAGAUGUUGGUUCUAGACUAGGAGCAGUACUAUAUGGUGCUUAUUACUUUUCAAAUGCGUCUACUAUUGUGGGAGUUGAAAUGAACAAGGAAUUAUGUGAAAUUCAGGAAAAUGUUAUUAAGAAAUACUCUAUGGAUGCUAAUAGAAUAAAAGUUGUUCAUGCUGACAUUAUGGAGAGAAAUGACAUAGUUGAAUGCUCUAAUAUCAUUAUUAUAAAUGUUUUAGACUUUUUUGUGGACAUUGAAAAACAUAAAGAUAUGUGGUAUUUUUUCAAAAAACAUAUUAAAAAAGGAAGCUAUUUAGUAUCAAACAGAAGUAUGGCUGAUACAUUAAAUAGUCUAGAUAUAUAUGAAGAUAUGAUUGGAUGGUUGAAUAUAUGUAAGCCAAAUCAAAUUGAAAAUGAAAUAUUUUUUGAUCUUGAGGAUUAUAAUGAGUUAUACUUGUAUACAGUGAAUUAAUAAAGUUAUUUAAAUGUA